AUGCUUCCUCUCCCUGUUGCCUCAGCACCUCUCCCAAUCGAGCUCGAUAGCCUCGUCGACUUUGUCGCAGACGACGACCGACCCACUUUCAUCCUCGAUCAUGCGACAACCAAUAUCGUGUACCGCAACAAUGCUUUCGAUGCCUUGAUAGCUACCGUACCUCCGAGCUCUUCUUUUCCCUCAUGGCUGGUCUCGCUACUUGACGCAGCUUGUCUUGGUGCCAGACCAGCACCACGCACCACCGAGACGCUCGCCACGUUUGACGAUAGAGUCUGGUCAAGAAAGAGAAUUGGUACAUCAUGGGUUACUGUCACUUGCCACGGGCCAGUCCACAAUCGUCCUUCACCUGCAGUACCACAACAAGGCUUCGGUCGAGCGUCUGCUCCAGAUGCAAAUUCUCUGAAACGUCAAGAGUCCGACACAGGCUCGACUAUUUCGAGCUCGACAGAUUACUCAAACGCAUCGUCCCUCGAUCUUGACACGCCUUUCGAGCAGUUGACAGUUGACUGGCUUCUGUCUUCAAAACCACUUCCAGAUGCCUGGUUCGACUCUCUACACAGCCUCGACUGGGCCAAUACCACUGUUGGUCCCAUUCAGUCUUGGGAUCCUAUGAUGAGACAGAUGUUUUCUACCAUACUCUCUUCUGAAGAGCCUCGCGUCUUGCUGUGGGGAAACGACAUGCUCAACCUCUACAACGAGCAUGCCCGUUUUGUCUAUGGCGACACAUUCCCUGGCUCUCUUGGCGUACCCCUAGAACAAGUCUGGGGAGAAGCCGUCUGUGCCGACCUGUCCAAGAUGAUUAGGUCAGGUAUCAAAAAAGGAAAGCCGAUAUGUCAGAGGAACCAUGAGUUGAUAUUGGCGAGACAUGGUUUCCCCGAGAGCUUAUUCUUCGACGUUGUCUUUCUCCCUAUUCCUUCACCUGAUGGACGCUAUCUAGGUGUUAUUACAGAAUUCAAUGAGAUCACUGAGAAGGUGCUGCAGAGAAAUCGCCAGGAAAUAUCAAAAUCUCUGCUGGAGUCCUUCUCAAAAGUCUCUGAUCUGCACCAGCUUUGGCAAACAUUCGUGGAAACCGUCAACCACAACUCCCGAGAUCUUUCAUAUGCAAUCGUCUACACCACGACAGGAAACCAGUGUCCCGAGACAUUUGAGUUGGAGGCUUCUUGCAACGUCGACAGCCCUGAGCAAUAUUCCCCGCGUGGCAUCAUUGCAGCCGUGGAAAGUGCAAACGGUCAGGUCUUCAGUCUGCAGCGAAGCAAGAACACACUACCACUGCCGCUGGCCGUACCCGUGCCCGAUGUUGGCUCUGUCGACACAGCUUACGUUUUGCCCAUCAUCGGUCUUGACGGUGUCCAUGUUCGUGCUAUUGUGGUGCUAGGUCUCGACCCAAGAAGAGCUUUGAGUCCUAGUAUUCGUCAGUUCGCCGAAUCCAUUCGCGACAUGCUUUUCAAGUCUGCGGCGCUCUACUCGCUGCCCUCGGAGCAUCGCGAAUCUCGCGAUGUCUCACGAGCUCUCGCUCAACAAUUGGAAACCAUGACCUUGAAGGCUGAGGAGAGCGAACAAAACUUCAGCAGAAUGUUGCGUGAUGCACCUAUUGGUAUGUGCAUGCAUAGAGAAGACGGCCAUUGCGUGUACGUCAAUGACGUAUGUCUCGAACUUCUCGGCAUGAGCAAAGUCGAAUUCUACAAAGCCGCUGAAGUCGGGCUAGCCUGGCGAGACGCUGUUCACGAGGAAGACUUUGAAGCUGUCAGUCAAAUCUGGAGCUCUGCUAUCGAGAAAGGAACAGCUGUAAGUGCUGAGUUCCGAGUCAAAGCAGCCUGUUCAGAACAGGAUGUUCGCUGGCUUGAAAUAAGCGCUCAGCAACGUCAUGAUAAAGAGGGCAACCUGGAGUACCUGUAUGUUUGGCUCAGAGACAUCUCAAGCAGAAAGCAACUUGCCGAACAAAAACUGCAAGACGCUCUAGAGACCAAGAGAAGAUCGGAAAUCUUCAUUGACAUGAUAUCACACGAGAUGCGAAACCCGCUUGGAGCAAUCCUGCUACUCGCCGAUGGUAUUCUUACCUCACUACCUCCCAUUCCGGAUGGUGAUCAAGCCAGUGUUCUGACACCUGAUCUACGACAUACGCUCUUGGAUACUGCAGCUAACAUUCAGCUUUGCGCAAAGCACAUGAAACAAAUUGCCGAAGAAGUGCUCACAUUCAGUCGUCUGGAUUCUAAGCUUCUGGUUCUUUCACCUGAGAAGAUACGACCAUUAGAGACAGUGCAGUCGGUUCUGAAGAUGGUCAAGGCAGAACUUGAUUACGAUCGGAUCCAAGGCUCAGUGGAGAUACAGAAGAGCUACCUUGAUCUCGCAAUUGAUAAUGUUCUGCUUGACCCAGGAAGGCUCUCGCAGGUCAUCCUCAAUCUAAUGACCAAUGCUAUCAAGUUUACCAAGAAUUCAAGCAACCGAAAUAUCGUAAUCAGUUUAGCUGCAUCGCGAACGAAGCCAACUGCUGAAGACUGUCGAGUCAUGCUUGUGGAGCCUCGCGGAGACAAACCCGUCAAGGUAGCACGACGCAUGUCGAUAACCGACGACCCUAUUGGCGAGGAUGUUUUCUUGAUAUUCAGUGUCCGAGACACUGGCUGCGGAUUGACGCCCACUGAGAUGGGUCAUCUUUUCCACCGGUUCAGUCAGGCUUCGCCUAAGACUUACAAACAAUAUGGCGGUUCCGGGCUUGGCCUCUUCAUUUCUCGUGAGCUUGUGGAGCUGCAAGGUGGCCAAAUUGGCGUACACAGCGAAUUCGGCAAAGGAUCGACAUUUGCAUUCUACGUGGAGACUGCUCGCAUCGAGACGCCUGUUGAAUUGCCGGCUGCACAACAAGUUCAGACGUCAGACGGCGAUCUACCGCGAGUAGUAGACGGUCGAAUUGCGCAAAAAACGCAUGCACCAGACCUUCACGUUCUGGUAGUUGUGGAGGACAACGCAAUCAACCAGAAGAUUCUCGCACAGCAACUUCGCAAGACAGGUUGUGCGAAGGUUCAUGUUGCUGACCAUGGUCUGGAUGCUCUUGAGAUUCUGUCGUCGACAACGUUCCACAAGUCCGCUGGAGUGGAGCAGAUCCCUCUGUCUGUUAUCCUUCUGGACGUGGAGAUGCCUAUCAUGGAUGGAUUGACGUGUGCACGACGCAUUCGUGAGCUUGAGCAAAUGAAGGAAAUUGUUCGACAUGUGCCGAUUAUCGGUAUUACAGCAAAUGCUCGUGUCGAGCAGAUUGCCUCGUGUAUUGAGGCUGGUAUGGAUGAGGUCGUGACGAAACCCUUCCGCGUCAUGGAUCUGCUUCCUCGCAUACUGGCUCUCGUCAAUCAACACACUCCAAUUCUGUGA